AGGAUAUGGUCAGUGUGAACGUCAAGCUCUUGAGGUCGGAGAGGACACGAGGUUUAUAUACAUUGUCUACUACGAGCCAUGCUGUGAAAGCCACACCCCACACACACGCCGCUUAUGUGCAGCCUGGUGCGUAUUAAUAGACACAGGAAAUAAAGACAUUAUGCGAGCGUGUGCACACCCGGCGUGGGGAGAGACGCGUGGGGGGGGCUGGGUGCCACGGGCCUUCAGCAUCAGACGCACCUGACCUGAGUCAUAAAACCCCCCCUUUUGGAAUUUCUUCCUUUUCACCUUUUGCUAAGACAAGGCGGGUUUUCCGACUUGUGCAACGGUGAGCGUUGGUCCAAGGAUGUUAGCCCUUUGAGGGGUGUCUGCCUCAGACGCCGGCAGUUAGCCCCGAAUGCGUCAAGCGUGGCCGCGUCCAGGGGCAUUUUUGUUUUCUUUCCUCUCCCCUAAUCUUUGUAAUUAUGAAGUCGUCUCGCUGUGAAAUAAGUAAUGGCUUCCUGGCCUUGUUGGAACGGGGAGUCAGGUGCUCCAGGCCCCAGGGAGCGAGAGAGCGAAGACCCUUUUGGAUGGUUUCCUUGCUCUUUCUACAUGAAUUUUUGGGCGCUGUGACUCCUGCUUGUGGCCACGAGAUGGUUAAUGUCAGUCCCAGUCCCCGGUGGGGCCACUGGUGUGUGCAGGGCCCUCAGACGUGUGGACUGUCCUUCCAUUACCGGGGAGCAAUCAGCGAUGCAUCCUUCGAGGCUUACGAGGAGGGACUGUUCCAUUUUCGCUCAAAACAGGCACCCGUCCAAGUGGGAUCUGGACAAACACAUUUCAAGUGCAGCCGAGGAGGCAGCGGGCAGUGGGGCCCCCCAGGGGCCGGAUCCCAGGCCAGGGCAGCAGCUCUGAGUGUGGUGGGGCCCAGACGCUGACGCUGGCUCCUUCGCGUAGACCCGGGUGACUGGCGCUCCUGGCCGUUGAAUAAAUGAGUCCCCUCCCCUGCCCCCGUUAUCUUUCUGCCUCUCCCGCGAUGUCUGUUCACGCCCUUCCACGUUCAGGGUGUUUGUUUUACUCGCCUGUCUUUGCCAGAGUUUUGAAAUGCUGGGUGCUGUUCUAAAGAACAUGUCUGAGGCGCUCUGAGACGUUAAGAGGGAAGGCUGCGGUCAGGGUCACAAGCAAAACAGCAAACCAAAGAGGCUUUGCAGAAGGAUCCCAAGUGGAGAGGUGGGCAGGGCCGGCCCUGCGUGGUGUGUGUCGCUGGGGGUCUCUGCCGAGAAGGGUCUGGUGGGGGGGCCUGUUCAGUUGGUUUUUUUUUCCUUCUCCAGUGUUACUGCAGGGAACAGGUACACGUCCUGUGUGCCUCCCAUGGCCAAGUUAAACGUGGUGAGGACUCCAAGUCCCGGGCCUGGGGGCCACUGGUCAUCCCUGCCCCAGGCCUGGUCCUGUUUCCCUCCUCCCGUGGCCUGCGGGGGAGCUCACGCUGCCUGUUGAGUAAAAGCUCCCUCUCCCGCCCCCCGCGAGCCCAUCGGAGCCGCCGACGUCCGCAUCAUCUCUGAACCCGAUUUGGUCAGGACAGGAAACUCAAGCUCCCUUCCUGCCCGUGUUUUCCUGAGAGAAAAACACUCUUCCCUCCUUUUUUGCAUAUUUGGCAAGUCGGUCCACCUUCCUCUCCGCCCCAGUGGAGUGCGGGCCAGGCGCUGGUGACGGAGGGUCCCUUCCCGGUGGCGGAGUCGAGGGGGCUCUGGGCAGCCCGGGGUCCGCAGACCCCAGCCCUCAAAGAUAACCUGAGGACGAUGGACGCGGAUGAGGGUCAAGACAUGUCCCAAGUUUCAGGGAAGGAGAGCCCUGCUGUCAGUGACACUGCGGACGACGGUGAGGAACCCAUGCCGGUCCCCGAGGACCUGUCCACCACGUCCGGAGGGCAGCAUAAUUCCAAGAGUGAGAGAGGCAUGGCCGGUAAUGUUAAAGUAGAGACUCAGAGUGAUGAAGAGAAUGGGCGUGCCUGUGAAAUGAAUGGUGAAGAGUGUGCAGAGGAUUUACGAAUGCUUGAUGCCUCGGGAGAGAAAAUGAAUGGCUCCCACAGUGCCCAAGGCCACAAAGCUUUGUCAGGAGCCGGAGGCAUUCGACUUCCGAACGGCAAACUAAAGUGUGAUGUCUGUGGGAUAAUUUGCAUCGGCCCCAAUGUUCUCAUGGUCCACAAGAGAAGCCACACGGGAGAGCGGCCUUUCCAGUGCAACCAGUGCGGGGCCUCCUUCACCCAGAAAGGCAACCUUCUCCGGCACAUCAAACUCCACUCCGGGGAGAAGCCCUUCAAGUGCCACCUGUGCAACUAUGCGUGUCGCCGGCGGGACGCCCUCACCGGCCACCUGAGGACGCACUCCGUCGGCAAGCCGCACAAGUGUGGAUACUGUGGCCGAAGCUACAAGCAGCGGAGCUCUUUGGAGGAGCAUAAAGAGCGUUGCCACAACUACCUGCAGAGCAUGGGCCUCCCGGGCACGCUGUACCCAGUCAUUAAAGAAGAAACCAACCACAGUGAGAUGGCAGAAGACCUGUGCAAGAUCGGACCAGAGCGCUCCCUCGUGCUGGACAGGCUAGCAAGUAACGUCGCCAAACGUAAGAGUUCUAUGCCUCAGAAAUUUGUUGGUAAGAGUUAAACGUUUGCUGUCCCUUAAAACCACCACCACGCGGGUGCUUUUAGCCUCAGGCCGUAAUGAGUGGAGGGUAGAAGAGAGGGAAAAAGUAGCUCCUUUUUUUAAAAAAGCAAAAUUUGGUAAGCGUACCAUUUUGGAAUUCAUUUUUUUUUUCCAAUAGGCUUCUUAAAAAUAACAAACCUCCCUCCCAAGGGUUUUUUUUAGACGUGGGUUUGCAGCGUCCGGGGAAGUCACCUGUGGGCGCUGGGUGUCCACCUGGGGGAGCCCGGGGUGCUGCGCACAGGGCUCGGACCCCCCCCCCGGACCUGAGCAACCUCUCUGAGCAUCAGGUGCCCAUUUUUCACAAGAAGCUCAUAAUAUCCCCACAUGGGCGACUUUGGCGGUUUAAAGGGCAGAGCGUCGCAGCAGCUGGCCCAGGAGGUGCCCGGUAAAGAGGAGACACAGCCAUGGUGGCUGUUCUCGCCACCGCGUCUCUCCCGGUGCCCGGUGCCUUCAGGGCGGGGCAGCCCUUGCCUCCAGGGGCUUGUGUCCGCUGUGGGUGACAGACACACGCACCCAUCGCCCCCAUGCAGGCCAGACAGUGGAGUGCAGGCAGCAGGACACCUGGGCAGUGGAGGGGAGGCGCAGCCACCUGCCUGCACUACCACCGUGGCCAAGGUACUCAACCUCUCCGAGCCUUGGCCCCCUCUUUACGCAUCUCACAGGGUUUUGUGCACACAGAUGAACAGCAAGGCUGUGAGAGCAUUUAGAAACCCUCAGUGUGAUGAUAAUACCAUGAAGAUAACGUGGAAAGUGGAGCAUGGGGGCGGGUCAUGUCCAGGGGAGAGGACCGUGGGGGGAGGGUCAUGCCCAGGGGAGAGGACCAUGGGGGGAGGGUCAUGCUCAGGGGAGAGGACCGUGGGGAGAGGGUCAUGCCAUUGGGGGAGGGUCACGUCCAGGGGAGAGGAUUAGGACUCUGUUGCAGAACACUUUUACGAACCACCCACCGGCCAGAUAGACAGUGCCAGGAGACCCCACGUGGAUGGGAGCCCCUGCGCCGUGAGCAUGAGGCGGGCGGUCCAUUUCCCCAGCAGGGCAGGAGGGAGGUGACCCGCGGGGGUGGGGUCUCAGGUGGCCAGGCUGCGGUGAGAAGGCAGUGGUCCCCGGCUCCUCCCCGAUGUCCGCUUGGUGAUGGUGGUGGGGAACCUAUAAGGCGGUAUGAUUUUGCUCAGAGGGGCAUACAUUUUUGCUUUAUUGACACACAAUCUCUGAAUAGAGUGUUUGAACUUGGGCAUGAGUGUAGAUAAGCUCCCUCACCAUUGUGUCGUCAAAGAGCUGAUGCUCUGAGAUACCCAGACACAGGUGCAUGUGACCGACAACGCCCAUCAGGAAAGGGACAGCAGUCCUCAGCAUUGCUAACUGCUGUCUUGAGUCCACGUGGCGAGGGUGGGAAGACGCUUUAAAUACAGAGAGGAACCAAAAGAGGACUAUGACUGUGGUCGGCUUCCUGCCACCCAUCAUAACCUCCUUGGUAUAGUUUCUUCUUCUUUAAGUUAAAAAAAACUGUUUUAUUAUUACAAUGACGCAUGGUGAAUGUCAAGAAUUUUAAUGCAAAGAUGUUUGAAAAUCACCACAAAAUCCAUCAUCCAGAAAACGCCCAACAUUAAGAGUAGCUGAGCCUCAUGGAAAUUAUCUUUCUUGCUUAUAAUUGUGAGUGGAUGCAACGCAGAGGUGGAUCGAUAAACGUGAAGUUAAGACUUCCGUAAAGACGCUGGCAUAUGACAAAUGCUGGUUCAAAUGAAAGUGUCACAUUUAGAUGUGUCUUAAAUUUCAGAGGCGGAUUUGUUAUUUCGAUUUGAAUUUGAGUUUGGUAAGCACCAAACAAAAUUGGACGGCUGGCUUGUCGUCAAAUAGAUUUUUCCUCCCAGAAAGAUAUCCUUUUGUAAAGGAUUUCUCUACGAUUAAAAAGUUGUGCUGUGAAAAACGCGAAGAUCUUCAAACCAUUUUUAAAUCUAUUUGAUUCUGGGAGGCAGAGCAUAUAGCUCAGUGGUGGAGUCCUGGGUUUGAU